AUGCAGCAACAGCAGCAGUUUGGCAACCAACAGCAAGCCCCGUAUCAGCAACACAGUUAUACCGAUCAAAUAGUGCCGGAACACGUGAGCGUGACGACGAACAGUGCCGGUCUAGCAGUGCUACAAGAUACUUCGUCGACGGUGGCUGCUCUUCAGCAGCAACAGCAGCACCAAGACAUGCUUGUGAUAUCUGGUGCUCAUAAUCCCAGUAAUCAACAGCAACAGCAGCAGCCGGCUUACGUCGACUAUGUCCCCUGGCUACAGCAAUGCGUUGCAGUGCAGCCCGUAGAGCUCGACACGCUCCUAUCGAGGAACGAUGGCCACAGGGUGGACGACGACGACGUCGCCAAGGACAGCACGAUCGACGAGUACUUCGAGCAGGUCGGCCCAGCGGCGUGUCGGCCGAGUUUCGUCGCAGCCGUCGUCAAUAAUACACAGCAGCAGCAGCGAGGCGCGCAUCAGCAUCAUCAUCAUCACGGCCAAUCGUCGUCGUCGUCGUCGUCGUCGUCCUCGGGGCAUCAUUCGUUGCAUCAGCAGUCGUCGGCGCACGUGACGACGUUGCAGAACAACCCCAGCGACGACGACGUCUUUCUCAGGCCGCCUCUCUGGGAGGACAUUACGUCGAGCAUACAGAAAUUAGAUCCCGAGAAUGCCGACAUGCUCGGACAGGCUCAGACGGUCUCCCACCUACACGUAAAGUUGGAGAAUCUCUCGGACGAUCAAAUCGAUCCGAUGUCGUCGCCACAGCCGGUCCUGUCGCCUCAAGACAUUAAACCCGAUCCUCAAUCGUUGUCGCAACCGACGCUUCAUCUACUCGAGGCUCCAACGUCGUCGUCGUCGUACAUCGCCGCAGCCAAUAGGCAGCAGCAUCAUCGGACCAAUGCCUUCAAAUUGUUUCCCUGCACCAACAACAAUAAUCCUAGUACCAAUAACAACAACAGCAUACACAAUAAUUGCAACGUGAGCAGUAACAGCACAGAACAGACGCAAUCGACAAACAACAAUAGUAGCAAUAACAACAACAGCAACAAUAGCAAUGGUGCGCUGUCCUCGCUGACGUUUGGCUCGAUGUCGCGUCUCAUGUACGUUUCACCUCUGACGCCGCCGAUUUCCGAUCCUGGCUCACCUCUGGCCGGUGGACCGUCGCGUAGGACGCCCCCGCCGCCGUACCCUCAAAUCCAGUUGACGACGAGUAACGCCAAUAAUCCUGGAAAUAAUGGCCUCCUGGUCGGGGCUAAUAGUAACAAUGCGGCCUCGAGCUUGAGAUUGGGCUCCUCCACGACGACGGGGGCGGCAUCGGCGAAUAACACGACGUCGGGGACGGUCGGCCAGACGGGCCAUACAACAAAGUUCAACAGAAGAAAUAAUCCGGAAUUAGAGAAGCGGAGAGUUCAUCAUUGUGAUUUUCGAGGAUGCACGAAGGUGUACACAAAAAGUUCGCACCUCAAAGCUCACCAGCGCAUCCAUACGGGUGAAAAACCGUAUCAUUGCCACUGGCCGGAUUGUGAGUGGCGCUUCGCACGCUCGGACGAGCUUACGCGCCAUUAUCGCAAGCACACGGGGGCCAAACCCUUCAAGUGUACCGUCUGCGAGAGGUCCUUCGCCAGGAGCGAUCAUCUGGCCCUGCACAUGAAACGGCACGCGCCCAAGCUCACGGCCAAGUGAUAAUUGACCGCGCAACCCGAAGCAAACCCAUUUUCCCACCAAGAAGUCUCAGUUCAAUAAUUGUUGAUAUAGUUUUUAAUUUAAAUACCGAAUGAAUUAUUACUUUUUAAUUUUAAAAUAUCUCAAUCAUUUUCUGUGUAUUCCAGUAUCUUAUAUUGCCUGUAAAUCAAAAUGUAUUGGGAUACCCGCGAGAUGCCCCGUAAAUACUGUAUAUUUCGCUCUCUAUAUUCUCUCCUUUUAAACUUAUCUCGCUGCUCGGCCAUUCGAGGUCAGCGCGCAAACAUCGGCAAAAUAUUUAUUCUACACCAUUAAAGCUCAAACGAUAAGCUUGCGACAGCUUAUGAUCUCCCUUGUGCUCUUGAGAGCUUUAACCGACUUCUAUCGAUGACUAGUGAUCUGACACAAGAGCCACUCGAUUAAAUACCUUAAUUAUUGU